AUGCAAAAACCUUCGUGCAAUCCCAGAUUUACCAACCAAUUUGUAUGUUCUGAAAGCAAAUGUCUGCCCAAAAUUGGAAAAAAUUUCAGAUUUUUCAAAAAUGUGGAAUAUGAGAGAAUUGUAUCUAAGUGAUUCGUUCAAACUCACUGAGGUUCCAGGCUUGGAUAAGUCAUUAAACUCCAUGACAAGGAUUCAUAUGGAAGGCUGCACCAAUCUGACUGCGGAUUUUAGGAACAACAUCCUACAGAGAUGGGCUUCUUGCGGAUUUGGUGGAAUUUAUUUGAAUGGAAUUUAUGAUAUUCCUGAGUGGUUCAAAAUCAAUGAUGUGGACGGUAUCUUCUUCUUUGAAGUUCCUCAAAAAAUCAUGGGUCGUGAUUUAAAAGGAUUGACUAUAUGCUUCGUUUACUCUUAUUUUGUUUUUGGCCCAAAACUUGAAGGACCUUUUGGCAUUAUCGUUAGAAAUCUUACCAAACAAACUGCUUUGCACGCCAAGAUAGCAUUUGCCAAAUACGGAAGACCAGAACCGGGUUUGCUUAUUCGGAGACUAUUGUCAAACGGACUUGAAGACUGUUAUCUUUGGCAGGGACAAUUGUCAAACGAUGUGCUUUGUUUGGAAGGUGGUGACCACGUAUCGAUUCUUGUAAGGCCUCAUAAUGUUGAUUUUGUGAGAGUGAAGAAGACGGGGGUUCAUCUAGAAUGGGACAAAGUCAUGAAGGAAAAUGUGGAUAAUUUGGAUCCUCAUUUGUAUGAUUUGGAAACAAAUCGGGAUUUUUUAGCAGUGAAACCAUAUCUGGAUUUUUUGGGGGGAAUUGAUGAUGAGGCAACACCAAGCCAUGACGCAUCUGUUCCCGGUGAUCAAGUGAGUGCUAUAGAUGAAGAAUCAGCAGUGGAAGACGAUCCUCUCGGCCAUGGCUAUCUAUGUACUCGUUUGUCAUUGUCUAUCAUGGAAAAUCUGGAUUUUUCUGGAGGAGCUGAUGAUGGGGCAGGACGGAGCCAUGGCGCAUUUGUCCGCACUAAUCAAUCGGGUGCUGUAGAUAAACAAUCAGAAUGGGACAAAGUCAUGAAGGAAAAUAUGGAUAAUUCGGAUCCUCAUUUGUAUGAUUUGGAAACAAAUCAGGAUUUUUCAGGGGGAGUUGAUGACGCAUUUGUUCCCAAUCAAACAAGUGUUAUACAUGCAUUUGUUCGGACUAAUCAAUUGAGUGAUGUGGAUGAACAAUUAGCAUUGGAGUUGAUGACUCCAUUUCAAGAAAUUGUACCAUACUGAGCAAGCCAUCAAUGUUGAUGGAGAAGAAGAAGCCAUGAUGAAGCAGAGAAAAAUUGCAAUCUU